AUGCACAUCUUCAUUGCUGGUGGCAGCGGCCAAACAGGAAGCCUUGUAAUCGACGACCUCUUAGGACAAAAUCACACAGUCACAGCUUUGGUCCGCAAUACCGCCGCUAUCCGAAAUAGAAUAGGACUAGAUCUCGUCCAAGGCACUCCAGUCCACAAGGCUGAUAUUCAAAAGUCCUUUUCACAUCAGAAGCCUGACGUUGUAAUUGUCACACUCGCGUCAGCCAAGGGAACCUUUGAAAAGGGAUCGUUUUUAACACACGUGAUAUGUAACAUUGUCAGCGUGAUGGAAGAAUACAGCACGGACAAGAUUGUUUACAUGUCUGCUUUUGGAGUCGGCGACUCAUACCCAGAGCUCAAUUUUUUGAUGAGAGCUGCAGUAUGUAUAACACCUUUGGGAGGAAAGUUUCUAGAUCAUGAAGGGGCAGAGCAGGUUUUGAAGGCGACUGAUAGAAUUAACUUCGUGGUUGUCAGACCAGCGAUGCUCACAACUGGCGACAAAGGAAAAGUUAAAUUUCUUGGUCUAAGAAGAGAGAAAUGGGAGUUUAUGCCAAGUAUCACAAGGGCGAGUGUUGCUGGCUUUAUUGUUGAGGCUGCAGGAAGUCAGGAGUGGAUAGGGAAAACCCCAGUCAUAAGUAAUGCAUAG